AUGGUUGUGAUUACUGCAGAUCUUGAGUUUAAUAAUGUCAACUGUUUGACGCAUGACAAAAAAUAUCUGGAAUUCGAGUAUUGCUAUUUGAAGUCCGUAAAUCGCACAUACAAAUACUUUUCGUUGAAGGCUGUAGUCCAUCAGUUGCCAGUUCAAAAUGCUAUGGUGGCAUUUAAGCUUAUAAAGCGCGACACUCGAAAUAUAUUUGAAAAAUAUAAAGGAUUUGUAAAUGCUUGCAAAUUUUUGAAAGAAGGCCAAAAUCCAAUUGCCCGGAUUAUAUUCAAUACAUUUGCAGCAUAUGCAAAUGUGAAUCACACAUGUCCUUUUAAUCACGCGUUAAUAUUGGAGAAGUUGCCUGUGCAACAUGUGAACAAUGUGGUAAAGAAUUUCAUUCCCGAAGGACGUUACCUAUUGAAUCUAACAUUCUAUAAUGACAAUAUUUCACGUACUGAUAUCCUUGUCUACUUUACAAAGGCUUAA